UUGAAAUACGUCAUCCACAGGCGCCGGAAAAGGCGCAACCUGAGAGUUCAUCAUCGAGCUGAUGUGGCUUUAUUAACGGAGCGAGUAUUACCUGUUCGUAUCUGUGUCCCUCGACGAAUGAGCUUGUUAUUGUUGAGUGACUGUCACGCCACAGGUUUCGUUUGAUUGAGUGGACGGCACUGCUAGCUAGUUAGCCACCAGCCUUUUCUAGCUAACGUCGUUCUCGCUUUGAGGCGCUCAAACACUCCGCUCAUUCGACGCCAUGGACCCCGUUGGUCAAGACAUCAACCUGAACUCCCCCAACAAGGGCCUUGGCCCUGCAGGAGGUGUAGACUCCCUAACGGAGGGGGGAGCCGUGGGAGUAGCAGCUGCCAACACGCUGCCCCCAGGGCUCACGGAGGAAGAGGCCGAGGAGCUCUACUCUGAUCUAGCCAAGGUGGAGGAGGAGAUCAACACCCUGAGACAGGUGCUCCUGGCCAAAGAGAAGCAUUCUGCUGAGCUAAAGAGGAAGCUGGGGCUGAGCCCCCUCAACGAGCUCAAACAGAACCUCACCAAGGGAUGGCAGGAUGUCCAGACCUCCAAUGCCUAUGUCAGAACCACUGAGAAACUUGGCGAGUGGAAUGAGAAAGUUACCGGUUCAGAGUUAUAUCUGACAGCGUCUGAAACUUUGGAUGGCAUUGCCCAAUCUGAAGCGUAUAAGAAGACUUCUGAGACCCUGUCUGUGGCUGGACAGAAGACCACCGCUGCCUUCUCCACCAUGGGCACUGUCCUCAGCAGGAAACUGGGAGACAUGAGAGCGCUGCCUUUCUCAAACUCCUUUGGUAGCAACUACUCCAUCCGCCAAUCGAUAAGUAUGCCAACGAUGAGAAACUCUCCUACCUUCAAGUCGUUCGAGGACAAAGUUGGGAACAUCAAGUACAUGGUGGUUGGACCCAGACGUAACGGAGAAGCUGUCCAGUCCCCGACCGAAACUAACCCGUUCAGGACAACGCACCCUUCUGAAGCUCCUCCUUCCGCGCUUAUCACCGGGACUGUGACGACAUCAUCAUCGCUGAGUGACCCUUGACCUGUGACAUCACCCUCCACACCAUAUGCCAUUACUCACUACUGCCUCCUCCUCGGUUACCUAUAGCCCAGUCCUAAAUGGGCCCUUGGCUCCUAGGCCCUUGUGGAGAUCUGAUUAGGACUGGAUAGGUGUAAGCAAUAUGGCAACAAUUCCGCGGCAACAAUUCCACGUAUCCUAUGAGAAGGUGGAGUCACUCGGCAUAUUGUUUAAACCGAUCGGAGUUGUUGCCAGAUUGCUUGCGCGCCUAUCUAGUCCACUUCCAUCUCGACACAAGUACCUCGGGAGUUAUGGGCUUACGGGUCGAUCUAGAAUCUCCCUCUGGCUACCUCGACCAACUAAAAGCAUGUGCAUAUCUCAUCUCAGUCGACCGCAAAGGACAACAGGUUACACAACAUCAAAUCACCACCGCUUGUAAAAACAACAAACUUAAACCAUUUUGUAUUUAUAAAACUAUUUUACACUGCUUUUAUCUAUAUGUAAAAUUAUAUAUGAAUAGAUAUAUUGUAAACAAUACUGCAAGUCGGCAUUUAUCAGUAGGUAAGGAGGAUGGAGAGUCUCGAGGAAACACGAGUGCAAAAAAUGUCCAAAAGAGGAGAGGGAAUAUAUGUCUAAAAUAAAAACACUAUGAAUACAACAACCAACUCUGUUUUGUACCCUGCUGGGCAUUUACUUCAGUUUAUUUUCUACACGAAACAGAAUGUGAAGCAAUGCUUUGGUGUAUAGCUUCCUGGCGAAUGUAGAAAUUGUCUUUUGGCCUUAUUCUUUCACUCCUAUUACUUUGUUGGUAGAAAGGUUUAUUUCUUUUGGUGAUAAAAUAAAUAAAUAAAGUUAUAGAAAAGGGUUUAAAAGGGGAGGGGUUUUAUCUCUCUGUUGGCUCACUGCUGAUGUGUCACAUCUGAGAUCUAUUUUGAAAUUCAGUCCAGACAUUCUGACAUUAUUAUAUGAAGAAUUGUCCCCAUGUCACAGAACUAAUUCCCCACGUGUGUGUGCGCACGUGAAAUAUGUACACACUUGUCUCGUGCACACACCAUACACUCCCACAGACCCUGACUAACGUCACUGUUAUGAUCACCAACACUUCCUGUUUUAGCCCGUGUGGACUAAUCCAGCCUUUUUUAACGCGGAUGAUCAACUAGCGGUCACCGUUAUCCUGCCGCAACCUUCAACCGCAGCCGUUGGAUUGGUAGCACCGUCACUUUUUGUUAUUUUCAACAUGAAGUACCUACUUUAGAUUUGUAUUAUUUUUGCCUGAUUUUUUUUCUCUUUCUAUCCAUGGGAUUGGAUGUUCAUUUAGCCUUUAUCUAUCCUACUUAAGUAAUUUACUUUAAAAUUAAAAUAAAAAUCUGUUCAUUUUUAGUAGUCUUACUUAGGUGAUGCAUUUUAGAUUCUCCUCUUGGGUGGAGUAUAAGAGUCAUUUUUGUAUUUAAGUGCCAUCUGUAAAUCGUUUUGAUUUAUUAAACCUGCCUGUUUAUAUUUCUCUCUCGAGAAUCCUGAAGUUUAGAUUUCAUUAGGAUGCCCAUUUAGCUGUUGCGCAUGCAGCAGCUACUCUUCCUGGGGUCUACAUGAAACUAAAUAUAUGACCGAGUACAGAACCGUUGUAGACGAGAACAGAAGAUAAUGGUACCGAUACUGGUUUCCCAGACCCAGAGAAUCACCAUUGAAUACUUUAGUCCAGGACUGGUCUUCAAUCGGUGUUGGCAGACCAGUCCUCACAGGCAGCCUAAUUCUAACGUUUUGGACAAUUAUUGUUAAAGGUCUGAUCUGAUUGGUCAAAAGACUAAUUGGCGGCAAAAGAUCAGAAUUGGGCUUGCCUGAGUAAACGCCGUUUUAAGUACAGUAGGUUUCUAUUGUCUCUGGUUAUGACAUGGCAAAGAGAGGCAUUAUGUAACUUGUGUAGAGCUGCAAAUACAUGUUUGGGUCAAAUGUACAUUUUUGCAACUGGAUGAAAGAAUGACUAUAGUUGCUUUAUUUAGGACGUGAGUCUAGUUGUAGACAUUAAAGGGAUCAGAUAAGCGAAUGUUGGCUGAAAAAAUAAUAAUUGUGUUUUGUUUGGGUUUCAAUAAAGCAUUCAUUUAAAUAAA